AUGAGUUUGGAGAGAGUUGUCGGAAGGGUUUUCGCAAAAUGCGCCAGCAACUCCAAAAAGGCCUCUCUGGCUCCGACUGAGGGCUACAAGCGACUUUUGGAGGGACCAAAGGCUCCACAGCACUUUUACAGAAAGUUUAUCGCUCCCUGGUACUUUAAGAUCUUUAGCGGACCGUUUGAGAGAUGGCAGCACGCCUGUCUCACCAGGUACCUCAGAGAACACGGUUUAAUGUACGACGAUUUGAUGUCUGAGCGUGAGCCAAUAGUUGAGCGUGCAUUGACGCUUUUAACUCCAGAUUUGGCCACUGACAGGUUUCGCAGGAUUGCAAGGGGUAUGCACAUUAGUACUUUGAGAAUGUAUCCCCCUCUGGAGGAGCAGAAUUACGAUCCCUUUGUACCAUAUUUGGCCCCCUUUAUCGAGGAGGCAAAGUUUCAGAUUCAGGAAGAGGAGGAGUUGUUGGGAUACCACCCAGUGGACAGAAGAGUAUUUUGCGGAGGAACAACUGGGUUUGGAGAUUUAGAACCAGGCAUGCACUUUUUGGUCUCGCUUCCAAACCUCUAUGGAGCUGCCAUGGGUAAUAUUAAGAAGAAGUAA